CAAUUUUCUCUCAAACUCUGUCCAAUUCUUUCUCUCUCUCUCUAUCUGUCAUUCUAAUUCUCUCUCUCUAUGUCUCAACUUUUGGGAUUAUUUUAAUGAAUUACACUACAUCACAGUUCAUCUCUGGGGCCAUUACUUGUGUUAAUGAUAAGCACGCCUGGGACUCAUCAUUCCUUUGAUCUUUCCUUCCUCUCUCUCUCUCUUUCUCUAUCUUACGAGGAUUUUUUACCCCUCUUCGCCUUUUCUCGCUCCUGUUCUCAAGCAUUGAUUUCUAGGGUUUCUUCCACGAGAUUCUUUCUCGCUUUAGUCAUCGUCGCCUGCAAGAGAGUGUAAGGGCAAUUCUGCUCCUAUCUAUAACGCUGGAUUGAAUAUCUAUAACGCUAGAUUGAACGGUAGUACCUUUCUGCAGCCAAGUGUAACCAUGGCUGUUUCCAUGAGGGAUUUGGAUUCUGCUUUUCAAGGAGCUGGACAAAAGGCUGGAUUGGAAAUAUGGCGCAUCGAGAAUUUUCGACCCGUACCCGUUCCAAAGUCAUCUUAUGGGAAAUUUUUCACUGGAGACUCAUACAUCAUUUUAAAGACAACAGCUUUAAAGACUGGGGCUUUUCGUUAUGACAUCCAUUAUUGGCUUGGUAAAGAUACAAGCCAGGAUGAAGCUGGUGCUGCUGCCAUUAAAACUGUAGAGUUGGAUGCAGCAUUGGGGGGGCGUGCAGUUCAAUAUCGGGAGGUACAAGGUCAUGAAACAGAAAAAUUUCUUUCAUAUUUUAAACCUUGCAUAAUUCCUCAAGAAGGUGGGGUGGCUUCUGGAUUUAAACAUGCCGAAGUUGAGGAGCACAAGACCCGCAUGUUUGUUUGCAAAGGAAAACAUGUUGUUCAUGUAAAAGAGGUUCCAUUUGCUCGGUCAUCCCUGAAUCAUGAUGAUAUAUUCAUUUUGGAUACCAAGUCCAAAAUAUUUCAGUUCAAUGGAUCCAAUUCCUCUAUUCAAGAGAGGGCUAAAGCCCUUGAAGUUGUCCAAUACAUCAAAGACACAUAUCAUGAUGGGAAAUGCGAGAUAGCUGCUAUCGAGGAUGGUAAGUUAAUGGCGGAUGCUGAAACGGGAGAAUUUUGGGGUUUCUUUGGUGGAUUUGCUCCUCUUCCAAGAAAGACAACUUCAGAGGAAGACAAUAGUGCUGCAACAAUUCCUACAAAGUUACUGCGUGUAGUGAAAGGGCAAGCAGUGCCCUUUGAGACCAAUGCCUUGAAAAGAGAAUUACUGGACACAAACAGCUGCUACGUUCUUGAUUGCGGGUUGGAAGUUUUUGUAUGGAUGGGAAGAAAUACAUCUCUAGAUGAAAGAAAAAGUGCAAGCGCAGCUGCGGAAGAACUGGUUGCUGGUCCUAGUCGGCCAAAAGCUCACAUAAUUCGUGUUAUUGAGGGAUUUGAGACUGUCAUGUUUCGAUCAAAAUUUGAUUCAUGGCCUUCGACGACAGAUGUGACUGUUUCUGAGGAUGGUAGAGGCAAAGUUGCAGCUCUUCUGAAACGUCAAGGAUUUAAUGUCAAGGGCCUCCUGAAAGCUGCUCCAGUAAAAGAAGAACAACAACCAUUUAUUGAUUGCACUGGAAACUUACAGGUUUGGCGCAUAGAUGGUCAAGACAAAACUCUUAUACCACCAAAUGAACAGUCAAAAUUUUAUAGUGGUGAUUGCUAUAUGUUUCAAUACACAUAUCCUGGGGAAGAUAAAGAAGAAUAUCUUAUAGGUACCUGGUUUGGGAGGCAGAGCAUUGAGGAUGAGAGAGGUGCAGCGAUUACAUUGGUAAAUAAGAUGGCAGAAUCCUUGAAGGGGCAGGCUGUUCAGGCUCGGAUAUAUGAAGGCAAAGAACCUAUCCAAUUCUUCUCAAUUUUCCAGAGCUUCAUCGUGUUUAAGGGUGGCAUUAGUUCUGGUUAUAAGAAAUACAUAUCAGAAAAUGGGAUUGCUGAUGAUACUUACACUGAAGAUGGGCUUGCACUUUUCAGAGUGCAAGGUUCUGGACCAGAUAAUAUGCAAGCUAUUCAAGUAGAUCCGGUGGGGACAUCCUUGAAUUCUUCUUAUUGCUACAUAUUACUAUCAGGCACGACUGUAUUUACGUGGUCCGGAAACCUUACUACUUCUGAAGACCAUGAGCUUAUUGAGAGGCAACUGGAUCUGAUAAAGCCUAAUGUCCAGUCCAAACCACAAAAAGAAGGUUCAGAGUCUGAACAGUUCUGGAAUUUACUUGGUGGUAAAUGUGAAUACCCAAGUCACAAGUUGGCUAAGGAAGCUGAAAGUGAUCCACACCUGUUCUCUUGCGCCUUUUCAAAAGGCAGUUUAAAGUUGACAGAGAUAUUCAACUUUUCCCAAGAUGAUUUGAUGACUGAGGACAUAUUUGUUCUGGAUUGUCACUCUGAGAUCUUUGUUUGGAUCGGGCAGCAAGUGGAUUCGAAGAGUAAAAUGCAAGCUUUGACUAUUGGGGAAAAAUUUCUUGAGCAAGAUUUUCUCUUAGAGAAAUUAUCUAGAGAAACUCCAAUAUAUGUUGUCAUGGAGGGAACUGAACCAUCCUUCCUCACACGCUUCUUCAUUUGGGAUUCUGCAAAGUCAACGAUGCAUGGGAACUCAUUCCAGAGGAAGCUUGCUAUUGUGAAGAAUGGAAUUAUGCCAACUGUGGAUAAGCCCAAGAGGCGCUCUUCAACAUCUUAUGGAGGAAGGUCAAGUGUACCUGACAAAUCCCAACGAUCGAGAAGCAUGUCAUUUAGCCCUGAUCGUGUGCGUGUGAGAGGCAGGUCUCCUGCCUUCAAUGCUCUCGCUGCCAAUUUUGAGAACUCUAAUGCAAGAAACCUCUCGACUCCACCCCCAGUUGUGAGGAAACUAUAUCCAAAAUCAGUGACCCCUGAUUCAAUAAAACUGGCCCCAAGAUCAACAGCGAUUGCAGCCCUCACCACCACAUUUGACCAACCUCAACAAAGUACACCAUCACGAACUCCUCCGAAAGAGCCGAGUCCCAAGACACCGAAAACGCCCUCCGAGUUGAAUGGCAAAGAGAACUCCAAUUCGAUGAGCAGUAGGAUUGAAGCUCUUACAAUACAGGAAGAUGUUAAAGAGGGAGAGGCUGAAGACGAAGAGGGGCUCCCUAUGUACCCUUACGAGCGCCUAAAAAUAAAUUCUCCUGAACCUGUUUCAGAUAUUGAUGUUACAAAGCGAGAGACAUACCUUUCUUCUGCAGAAUUCAGGGAGAAAUUCGGCAUGACUAAAGAAGGCUUCUACAAGUUACCUAAAUGGAAACAAAACAAGCAAAAGAUGGCUCUUCAUCUAUUCUAGAGUUUCAACAAAGAUGCUUGCUUUUGUAAACCAAAUUCAGAAUCAGGAUGAUCUUUUUAUGCAAAAACUAGGUGAUUUGCACUUCGAUUUAAACGGGACUAUGCCAGUGUUUUUUGUGCUGUUUCCCGAAAAUCAGUUGAUACCACCCGGUCUUGACUCAUUCUUCUUUUAUUUUGUUUGAUUAUCAAGCUUUCUUUCUUAAUCAGCUGCUUGGCAUUCUUUGUGGCCACAGGUUUGUUGUGAGGUUGUAUUUUUUUUCUCUUUUUUCUCAUCCUUAUUUCUUGCCUUCAUUGAUUGGUUUUGAGGUUCAUAGACAAGAAAAUGGGAAAUUGCAGACUGAAUAGGUUUGUUUUUGGUAGUGUUGAGAAGGGAAGUGUGUACAGCUGAGUGUAAAACAUUGGGGUGCCAAACAAGUCCAUUUCUUGUUUGUUUCAGUAAUAAAAGUCUGAUUCUUUU